AUGGCAUCUUGGAAUUCGGUCCCACUUCAUGUGUCAUACGAAGUUUUGGGUUGGUUGACUUUUGUUUGCUGGUCUAUCAGUUUCUACCCUCAAGUUUACUUGAAUUAUCGUAGGAAAAGUGUUGUGGGAUUGAACUUCGAUUUUGUGCUGUUGAAUCUCACGAAGCACUCAUCCUAUAUGUUUUACAAUACAUCUCUAUACUUCAGCGCUACUGUUCAAAAGCAAUACAAAGAUAAGUACGGUCAAAAUGAGAUGAUACCUGUAGCAGCAAAUGAUGUUGCUUUCUCAUCUCAUGCUGUUCUACUCACUGCAAUUACCUUGUUCCAGAUUGCAAUCUAUGAACGUGGAAAUCAGAAGUUGUCCAAAAUAGCUUGUGGAAUUGUGUUCAUAACUUGGUUAGUUGUCACAAUCUGCUUCUUCAUAGCUUUGCCUGAACACCAUUGGCUGUGGCUUCUCUCAAUAUUGAAGAUUGAUCUCCUAAUUAACUGUGUUGAAGUUAACCAUCUUGCAGUGUGA